UAUAGAUCCUAUACCUUAAAUAAACUUAUUGCAAAAGAUAACAGCUUCAAGCUCAAAAACACUGAGUAGUUUUAUCUCGGACGUACGAAGAGAUGCAUUCGGUAAAGGAGAAAGCAAGCAACGCAGCUUCAGCAGCCAAGGAACAUGUUGACAUCUUCAAAGCAAAAACUGAAGAAAAGGCAGAGAAGGCAGAAGCAAGGACAAAGGAAGAGAAGGACAUAGCAGAAGAAAGAAGGAAAGCAAAAGAAGCAGAGGCUAAAAUGGAGCUUCAUGAAUCAAAGGCUGGACAUGCUGGGGAGAAGUUGGAAGGGAAGCAUGCUCAUCAUCAUAUGGGGCAUGCAAUUGGAGGCCUCCAUGGAUCUGCUCCUUACACUGCCAUUCCGGAUACUGCUACCAACCCUCUUGGAGGUCACCAUCAUGGCCACCCCAAGACUUUUUAAUUAAUGUAUAGUGGUAAUUAAUUGGUGUGGUUUACUAGUUAUGUUUUGAAUCAGAUUUCUUAGUUUGUGUUU